UGCGCAAGAACUAUUGCUGUUCCUCCGAAAUGUAAACAACUUGUUCCGUUUACCGGAAGACAAUUAUGUACACUGUUUUCGAAUUAACAGAAGCAGAAAACAUAAUUGAUUGUUGCUUAUUUGUGUUUGUUAAAGCUGUCAUUCGAUGAGUAUAGCGUUCACGCUGGUUAUUACAUUUUAAUACACUGAUUAAUUAGCUAAGCCUGGCUUAUUUAGUUGUAUAGCCUUAAUUACUAACGUUGUUUUUACUUCUCUACUAUCUGUAGAGAGUAUGAAAUGAUAUUUCCUGCUGUUCACGUAAAACGAAACCUCUCCCAGACUACAGUAUGUUGUCCCCACGUUGAUGAAUCAUCGCGCUGUGGAAUUGACCGAUUCACAAUGCUUCGGAUCGAGGAAUCGACUCUCGAUAUUUAAUCAACAUAUUUAACUGGUGGAGCUCCAGAACAUUAUUGUUAUUGUUGCAGCUGAUUAGUACACUGUAAGAGUAUUCUUGCACACGUUUGCUGAUUUAAUCUUAUUUUUAUUAUUAUUAUUAUUAUUAUUUUUAUUUUUUAAAAAAGCAAAUUAAACAUGACACAGCCAAGAAAAGUGAGUAAGAUGGUUUUAAGCGUGGAGCAGUCGGAAGGAGUCGGGGCAAGAGUUCGGAGGAGCAUCGGGCGAAGUGAGCUUAGAAACCUGGAUCCGUUUCUGUUGUUGGACGAGUUCUGUGUGAGUAAAGGAGCAGGAUUUCCUGAUCAUCCUCACCGAGGCUUUGAGACGGUAACAUACCUUCUAAGUGGUUCCUCAGCUCAUGAGGAUUUUUGUGGACAUUUUGGAAAACUGGAGGCUGGCGAUUUGCAGUGGAUGACUGCGGGACGAGGCGUGGUUCAUGCAGAGAUGCCUAUGUCAGAUGAUCCUAUGCGGGGCCUUCAGCUUUGGGUGAACCUGCGAAAAGCAGAUAAAAUGGUGGAACCUCAGUACCAGGAACUGAAGAGCAGACAGGUUCCAAAGCCUAGCAAAGAUGGUGUGACUGUGGCUGUCAUUUCAGGUGAAGCCCUUGGGGUGAAGUCAAAAAUCUACACCAGAACUCCAACACUUUAUCUUGACUUCCGACUCAGUGAGGGUGCAAAACAUGUGCAGCCAAUACCCUUGGGUUGGACUGCUUUUAUCUACACUCUCUCAGGAAUUGUGCAUACUGGACCAGAAGGAGAUCAGAAGAAAGUCGAACCUCACCACACUGUUUUUCUUGAUGAUGGUGACUGUAUAAUCGUGGAAAAUAAGGCAGUUGAGGAGGCCCACUUUGUGUUGAUUGCUGGAGAACCCAUCAAGGAACCAGUGGUGCAGCAUGGCCCAUUUGUCAUGAACUCUGAUGAGGAGAUACAGCAAACCAUUACUGACUACAGGACAUGCACUAAUGGAUUUGAGAGAGCAAAACACUGGCAAUCAAAAAUACGUGGAUCAAUGUAAAUGUUUGUGUAAAAAAAUGUGUUGAAUUUUUACACGUUAAUGGAAAAACUUUAUUUUUAAAUCUAAUAUAUAAGCUACAUUUAUUAUUAUUUACUAUGGUAAUUUUCUUCACACUAAACACCAGUGAUUGUUAUUGCUGACAGAAAUCCUUUUAUUUACUUGCAAGAUCAUAGAUAAUAGUUUCCACUGAAGUGAUUAGAGUGAAGUUGUAAGGUUUAUACAUAACUACUUCCAAUUACAAACCAUUAAAGAGUAUUGAAACAA